AUGCAAGCUCUCUACCAACUUACUGGAACAACCGGACAGUCUUUUCAAGGCCAGCCCCUAGGAGUAAGCCUAAUCCCUGGGGGAAUGUCACCUGCACUCUUGCAACACAUCCACACUACUCAACAUCCGCAGCUCGUGGCUGUUUCAGCAGCUAACCUACAGGGACAGCAUGGCAUGGUGCUUUCGAGUGGUGCUUCAGCAAUGAGUCAGUUAGAAUCUGCUGAUAAACACAAGGAAGAACAACAGACGGAAUUCGAUGUUCAGCUGCAGAUUCAGAAACAGUUGGCCGGAAUUGGUCCUCAGCUGCCGUCAUCUCAGGGGCCGGUUCCCUCUGUACCUCAGCCAGAUCCUGGCACUAGUAGUGAAAUUGACGGAGGAGUAGAUGCUGCACCAAAACGUCUUCACGUUUCGAACAUUCCCUUCCGCUUUCGUGAUCCUGAUCUUAGGAUGAUGUUUGAGAAAUUUGGUCCUGUGAUGGAUGUCGAAAUAAUAUUCAAUGAAAGGGGGAGUAAGGGUUUUGGCUUUGUGACAAUGGAGAAAGCAGCAGAUGCCGAAAAGGCUAGGCAAGAACUUCAUGGAUCUAUGGUGGAAGGUAGAAAGGUGGAAGUGAACUGUGCCACUGCUCGUGUACACACGAAGAAAGUCAAAACAUUACCCGGUGUCCUUGAUCAAGCUAUGACAGCCUCUGCCUUGCAGAGCGCCGCUAUUGCCCAAGCACAAGUGACAAGAGCGUUGUACAUGAGGAAUCCUUUGGUCGCUCAGUCGCUGUUAGCACGAGGAGGAAUAUUACCUGGUUUACCACAGUCCCCACUUCCUCUUUCCAUAGCUACAAAUCAUCUUGCCGCUGCUCAGCUGCAAGGGCAACACUUACUCAUAGGUGCUGCCGGUCUUCAACAGAACACAGCUUUCCAACAUGCUGCGUUUCCAGCUGCAGAUCCAACAGGAGUUUCCUUGUUAACCGAGCAAACUCGCCUUCAGAUUGCUGCUGCUGCACAAGCGCGUAUUCCCACUUCGGCAGGUACUUCUCUCGGUGAACAAUAUCUUGGACAUGCACUCACUGCGGCCCUUCCUGCCUUUCCUAUCAACCAGGGAUAUCGGGGCAUCAAUCGCUUCACGCCCUACUAG